GUGAAUCGGCAAAAAGCACGUGGAAAAUUUCGCGAUGGCGACCAAUCAAAGUGGUGCACCCGGUGCAGGAGCGCAGCAGUCAACGCUCUCGGAUACGAUCGUGCAGAUCCUGGCCAAUCAACAAAAGCUGAUGGUCCAGCUUUCACAGCAGCUGUCCGCCACACAGGUAGCUAUCAACAAGCUGUCCCGCGACGAAACCGUACUCGAUUCACUGUCCAGCAACAUGGCGGAAUUCGUGUACGACAAAGAAACCGGGUACACAUUCGACGCGUGGUUUUCCCGCUACAGCGAUCUCUUCGAGAAAGACGCCAAUAAGCUGGAUGACGCGGCUAAAGUACGGCUCCUGCUACGGAAAAUGAGCCCGCCGGACCACGAGCGUUACAACAGUUUUAUUUUGCCAAAGCUGGCUCGUGAAUUUUCCUUCAGCGAAACGGUGGCAAAAUUAAAAUCGCUGUUUGGUGCGUCUGUUUCCAUCUUCCGUCGACGGUAUAAUUGCCUCCAGACAACCAAGGAGGACAGUGAGGAUUAUCUCGCCUACUCGUGCCGGGUGAACAAGUCCUGCGUCGACUUCAAACUAUCAGAACUCACCGAAGACCAGUUCAAAGUUCUGACGUUUGUUUGCGGCCUCAAAUCCAAACAAGACGCCGAAAUAAGGAUGCGGCUCAUCAAUAAGCUGAAUGAAUCAGCGGACCUCACACUCCAGCAAGUAGUUGAGCAGUGCAACAACCUCGUCAACCUCAAGAUGGACACUGUCAUGGUGGAAAAUCCGUCAGCUGUCAACUACGUUGCUCACAACCAGAGGCCCCGGCAUCUUUCAACCAGCGGCAGCACCUCCCACGAUCAGCCUAAAACACCCUGCUGGUCCUGCGGAGGAAUGCACUUCAGCAAAGAUUGCCGAUUCCGCGAUCACAAGUGCCGUGACUGCGGCAAGCAGGGUCAUCGAGAGGGGUACUGCGCCUGUUUUGCAUCAAAACCAUCAUCAAGCGCCCCGAGCAAGCAACAGCCGAAGAAAAACUUCAAGAAGAAGCGACAACACUCAGCGAAAACAGUGACAGUCGGAAACAUCCGCCAGGGGCGGAAAUUCAUCGACGUCCGGGUCAACGGUGUUCCCCUCCGACUCCAGUUGGACACUGGGUCGGACAUCUCCAUAAUCUCGCACCAAUCAUGGGUCAAACUGGGCCGUCCGAAGGUUCAACCAGUUUCAUGUCGGGCAAAAACAGCGUCCGGAGAACCUCUGGAACUCGUUUCGGAGCUACACUGCAGCAUCACCCUCCAGAGCACCACCAGAGAGGGUAAGUGUUUUGUAUCAGCUCCUAACGUGCGUCUCAACAUUCUAGGUAUCGACUUGAUGGACCAAUUCGGCUUGUGGAACCAGCCGAUCACAUCGUUCUGCAACCAAAUCUCCAGUCAGCCCACUCAAGACGUUACCGACCUCCGGGCCCGUUUUCCCGACGUGUUCACCACCAAGCCAGGCCUGUGCAACAAGACCCCGAUUCAGCUGGUGCUGAAAGCGAAUCAAAAGCCGGUGUUCCGACCAAAACGACCGGUGGCUUACAGCAUGGAGAGCGUCGUGGAGGAAGAGCUGAACCGGUUGGAAAGUCUCGACAUCAUCAAGAAAAUCGACUUUUCUGACUGGGCAGCCCCGAUAGUCGUCGUGCGGAAGCCAAACGGGACGGUCCGCAUAUGCGCGGAUUACUCCACCGGACUGAACGCUGCGCUAGAGCCAAAUUGCUACCCGCUGCCCCUGCCCGAGGACAUUUUUACGAAAAUGGCCAACUGUCGACACUUCAGUCACAUCGACCUGUCCGACGCCUACCUCCAGGUGCCGGUCGAUGCAGCAAGCCAACCACUCCUUACCAUCAACACACACAAGGGUCUUUACCAGUUCACCAGAUUGUCGCCCGGCGUCAAAUCCGCUCCGGGGACCUUCCAGCAGUUGAUGGACGCCAUGCUCGCCGGUCUCGACUGCACCACUGGUUAUCUGGAUGACAUCCUGGUAGGGGGUCGAACUCAAGAAGAGCACCGCCGCAACCUGCAUCUUGUGCUCACUCGCCUGCAGGAAUUCGGAUUCACUGUCCGGAUUGAAAAAUGCAGCUUCAACAUGCGCCAGGUGAAAUACUUGGGCCAAAUCCUCGAUGGUGACGGAAUCCGACCAGACCCGGAGAAGGUGGCCGCCAUUGCCAACAUGCCACCCCCACACGACGUUCCGACGCUUCGGUCUUAUCUAGGUGCCAUAAAUUAUUAUGGCAAGUACGUGAAGGAGAUGCGCACUCUUCGUCAACCAAUGGAUCAGCUGCUCAAAGCGGGCACCAAAUUCGAGUGGUCAACAGCGUGCCAGAAAUCGUUCGAUCGCUUUCGGGAAUUGCUACAAUCGCCGUUGCUUCUGACGCACUACAACCCCAAAAUCGACAUCGUGGUGUCGGCGGAUGCGUCAUCGGUCGGGCUGGGAGCCCGCAUUGCCCAUAGGUUCCCCGACGGGUCAGUCAAAGCGAUCUGUCACGUGUCCCGUAGCCUCACUCAAGCCGAAAGCAACUACAGUCAAGUCGAGAAGGAAGGCUUGGCGCUGGUGUUCGGCGUUACGCGGUUUCACAGGAUGCUGUUCGGUCGUCAUUUCAUCCUCGAGACCGACCACAAACCGCUUCUGCAGAUAUUCGGCUCUAAAAAAGGCAUUCCCAUCUACACCGCUAACAGGCUCCAGCGGUGGGCCCUUACUCUUCUUCUUUACGACUUCGAGAUUCGCUACAUCUCCACCGACAGUUUUGGGCACGCGGACGUUCUCUCCAGGCUCAUCAACAGUCACGUGCGACCAGAGGAAGAGCACGUAAUCGCCAGUCUAGAGCUAGAAAAAAGCGUUCGCACCGUAGUCGACGAGUCACUUCAAGCUUUUCCGCUCUCCUUCAAGGCAGUUCAGAGCGAGACCAAAAGCGACACCAGUUUGCAGCAAGUAAUUCGCUUUGUCAACGAAGGCUGGCCAACCAAGAAAACCAGUAUCACCGAUCCCGGAAUUCAACAAUUUUUCCAACGUCGAGAGUGUCUCUCCGUUGUCACCGGUUGCCUACUUUAUGGUGAAAGAUUGGUCAUCCCGCCAAGGUUCCGGAAGCGCGUUCUCCAACAACUCCACAAAGGGCACCCCGGAGUUGAACGAAUGCGCUCUUUGGCUCGUUGUUAUGUAUACUGGCCUAAUGUCGACGACGAAGUAGCAAACCUUGUCCGUUCAUGCAACGAAUGUGCCAGCGUAGCCAAGACCGACCGGAAGACUACCAUGGAAUCCUGGCCAACACCGGAGAAACCGUGGCAGCGGUUACAUCUGGAUUACGCCGGUCCGCUGGAUGGGAACUAUUUUCUCAUUCUGGUGGAUUCAUACACAAAAUGGCCGGAAGUAGUACGAACCAAGGACAUCACCACCGCAGCCACCUUGCGAAUCCUUCGUGGAAUCUUCGCGAGAUACGGUCAACCGGAAACGCUCGUUACAGACAACGGGACGCAGCUCACCAGCGACCGGUUCGAAUCGUACUGCGACACACACGGCAUCGUUCACCUCAAGACAGCACCAUUCCACCCGCAAUCCAAUGGAUUAGCAGAGAGGUUUGUCGACACUUUUAAACGGUCGCUCAAGAAAAUCACCGCAGGGGGGGAAACCCUCGACGAAGCCAUCGACACUUUUCUGCUGUGCUACAGGACCACACCGUGUCGCAGCGCUCCUGGCGGGAAAUCUCCUGCCGAGAUGAUGUACAACCGGAACAUCCGUACGUCCCUGGAAUUACUUCGCCCGCCUACGCCGUGUCACAAAUUGCCAAGUACCGACCAGGAAGAACAAUUCAAUCGCAAACACGGCGCGAAAGCUCGCAUCUACGAUCCUCAAGAUCUCGUCUGGGCUAAGGUCUACGCCUUCAACAAAUGGACCUGGCAGCCUGGAAUGGUCAUCGAGCGCAUCGGUCGGGUGAUGUAUAACAUCUGGCUACCAUCCAAACAAAACCUUAUCCGAUCCCACUGCAACCAACUGCGGACUCGGUACGAAGCUGAAAAGUAAGUAAAUUCGGAAGCAAUACCGGAAACAACUCAAGUACCGUUGUCUAUUCUCCUGGACAGUUGGGGUCUUCGUCCUACACCUGAGCCGGAAGUCGAACUGCCGGCCCAACUCCAAGAAAUGCUACAACCAUCGAAUGAUCGUCGACGUCAACGAACUCCCCUUAGCAACCAACGUCAAGAACCGAUUCUUACUCGCCAGUCUUCGAGAAUGCGAAGACAGCCAGCGAGGUAUGAUCCGUACCAUCUUUAUUAAAACGGGGGAGGUGUUGGGAGGACAACUCACCAACCGUCAAAUGACGGCACAAUUUACCAGUGGGCCUCUACAGCUGACGGCUGUCAGCCUGACAGAUGCCGCCUGAUCGUGUGUCAUCAUCUCCGUGAUUCAGCAUAUCUUCAGUUCAACUCCAAAAGUAAUUGCGAUCAGCAGCUCGUGCUUAAAGUUUUAUUAUAUGUAGUCUUAUCGUUAAAUACAAGUUUUAUGUACACUACUCGCGAGUUGCUCAUUCAUUCCCCAAACCACAUAUCGCAACAGAAAUCAAAAACUGAAAUCUGAAAUUUCAUAAUCUUAAGAUUUCCCUGCUAAAAACGGCAUCACUUGUCAUGGAUAAAGCCGAUAAAUUAAAUAACAAACAUACGUUACGAUCGAUAAAAAGCAUGAUCGAGCGUUGAUUGUGUUGCCGCGACUUCGCGUCGGAAUUCCCAUCACUUUUGGCGUGAUAGACCUGAAGAAACCGAAUUGCUACACACACAUUAAACCCUAUCCUUGCUGGCCGUAUCAGGAGGAAGGCAAUUGCAAUUCGUUCCAGUCGACUGUGGAUGCUUUCAUUGAUAUUAGAGUAAGUAAAUUGAUUUGAUUUUUUUUUAAUUUACUUAUAAUAUUAUUUUCUUACAAUAUAGAACAACAUCUGGACGUUGGACACUGGUAUCACCAACUAUCUCGAGCAGCCCAUUAAACGUUGUGCACCCAAAGUCGUUGCUUUCUCCCUGGAUAAUGAUAAGACCGUUAAAACCGU